AUGUUCGGUACCUGGAAGUACGGCAAAGGUCAAGGACAGGUCGAAAACCUGAAAACUUCCCACGAUUAUGAGACAGCACGCUCUAAUCAGCAUCAAGCUUGUAACAGAUGCCAUGAGAAGAAGAUUGAUCUGUCUCAAAAGUCCGACCCUCCUUCUGCGGGUAGUUCAAGAAGUAGUCGUGAUGGUAGUGGCAGCCCGAAAAGCUUUCACAAAUCCUAUUCAUCCAAAUCCAAGGAUAGGCGAGGUACUCCUCAGCCUGGCAGCUCUCGAGGAGAUUCAGUAGUAACUGGCGGGAACACGCAUCACGAGUGCUCGGUCCUCGCCGGGCAUGGAAUGACUGCGUUUGACGGCUACCCAAUCAUGUCCUCGACUAUGGAAGCACAGUCUUCUGGGUAUCCUGCAACUGCCCCAAUGGGAGAUUUUGCGGCUAUUGGCGACUACACACAAGGUACAUGGAUGCUGGAUGGCAGCACAAGCACUGGCAUUGGCUCUUCGUUUAUCGCAACCUCGGAAGCAAUGUACACAGAUGAUGCCCACGCAUUCUCAAGCUACUCCAAUCAAACCGGCUUCGAUAUGUAUCAACAAAUGUAUCCAGAUGAGGACCCCCGAUUUGGCCUCAAAACCAGGAUCAGCAAUGACAAUUACUGA